AUGGGGAACGCGGAACAGAAAGGGCAUGUGACAGUAACGGAAGAAGGGGAGCAUGUGAUUAUAACGGAGGCGCCCGAGCGCAAUGGGAUAUGGGCCGUCGACGGCGAAGGGAGUGGGGACGGGGACGUGGGUGUACAGGUGGAUGCUUACGUGGACGCUGACGUGGAUGACGCUGACGUGGACGCGUUCAGCGAGGAUAUGCACGUGCUGUGGGACGUUCUGGCGAUCGACGACGCAGCGCAAAGAGCGGCGCGAAUGGCGGAGCUGGGAUACGAAGUUUAUAUCGAGGAUGGACUGGAAGGCUACAGGAAGGCGGCGGUGGUCGAGGAUACGACAAACGGCACGUUUCCCGCCCCUCCGCCGGGAAACGCGCUAGAAGGGCGGCUCGCGGAAGAAGCGGCGGAGAGACGACAGCUGGAACAGCGGCUCGAGUCGGCUCAGAGAGCAGUCGGCGCGCUGCUGACGUGUCUGAAGCGUGUCCGACACGUGCUCGAGGCGCCAGGGGAUGCGCGGACGAGAGGAGAGGGGGAGAGGGAAUGGGGAGAAGGCGCGCAUGGGGGGAAGGGAGGCGUGCGGGACGGGACGGAAGGGGGAGGAGAGAUUAAGCUGGAGUGGGCGAUGGUGGAGUGUGUGUCGACCAUGGCGGCUAUAGAGGCGCGAGUGGCGCAGCAGAGGCAUGCACUGCAAAGGCAGGCGCAGCAAGGGCAGGCGCGGCACAAUGUGAGGGAGGGGGGAGGUGCGGAAGGUGAAGGGCGCGGUGGGAUGGAAGAGGCGAGAGAAGUGGGGGGAGUGGGGGGGGCGGAGGGGGCGGAGGGGGCGGAGGGGGCGGAGGGGGCGGAGGGGGCGGAGGGGGCGGGGAGAGUUGAGGGGGAGGAGGGAGUGGGGGGGGUGCGAGGAGUGGAGGAUGGUGGGAUGAGAGAAAGUGAGCUGAUGAGAGAGGUGGGUGAGGUGAGGCGGGAGAACGAGGCACUGAAGCAGUUGCUGCUGCUGGCGUUUCAAGGGCGUGAGGCGGCUGAUCUACCCCAGAUGCUCCCACAGCUGCUAACACAGCUAUUAGCCCAGUCCCACAUGCCUGCGGAAUCAGCAGCACAGAAAGCAGAAACAGCAGACACAGCGCUUGCAGGGACUAUCACUAUGAGUACAGACACAACUACAGAUGCCAGCACUGCCGCUACUGCUACGAGCAGCAGUGAUGCCGGCGCAGGCACUGAUACCACUGCCGCUCCCACGCCUCCCUCCCAUCCCAUCCCCGCCCCUGCCCCCACACAUGCUCGCGCCUCCUCCCGCCCGCACCCGCACUUCCCCUCGCUUAUCCCCCACCUGCAGCUGCGCUCCCUCUCCUUCUCCCGCCACACCGCCAAGCACGUUUCCACCCCCCAUGCCACCCGCCACGGCUCCCCGCAUGCCUCCCCCCAUGCCUCCCCCCAUGCCUUCCCCCAUGCCACCCGCCAUGCCUCCCACCAGCCAGCAAUGCGCCGCUCUCUUUCCAGUAGGCCCCUGGGGAAAUGGCUGAGGUGGGCUGAUGGGGAGAGGGGGAAGCGGGCGGAUGAUGGGGAAAAGCAGGCGGAUGACGGUUUGAAAUCGGCUGAUAGUGCUGUGAAUGCUGAUAGUGUUGCUGCUGCUGCUGCUGAUAGUGUUGCUCCUUUUGAGUCGACUCACAGAUCACCUCAGGAGGAGCAGGCGAGUGGUACAGCAGACAGUGCUGCUGAUUGUCCUGAGGAAGCUAGCAGCCAGGUUACUUUUGAGUCAACUCAAAACGAGGUAGCUUCUGAGUCAACACAAAGGUCAUCUCAGGAGGAGCAGGCGAGUGGUACUACAGCAGACAGUGCUGCUGAUUGUCCUUUAGAAGCUAGCAGCCAGGAGGUGAUGGUGACGUAG